CCUACUACCUUUCCACUACUCUGGCAAAUAAUAAUGGCUUUGCUUAAUCUCUUUUUCAUCCUCAUGCUUUUACCCUCAUCAUUUGAGUCUUCACUUUCAUCAGGCAUCGAAACCCAAGACCUUAACUCCAUGAUUGCACAAGCCUGUAUGAACAUCGAAAACCAAAACUCAUGCCUCGCCAACAUCCAAAACGAGCUCGUCAAGAUCGGCCCUCCAAGCCCCACUUCCGUGUUGAGUGCAGCACUCGGUGCCACGAUCAACGAAGCCAGGGGGGCCAUCGACAAGAUCACAAAGUUCACCACGUUCUCGGUGAGCAACCGCGAGCAACUAGCCAUAGAAGACUGCAAGGAGCUUCUAGACUAUUCCGUUUCGGAGCUGGCAUGGUCCAUGGGAGAGAUGAGAAGAAUCCGUGGCGGAGAUACAAGCGCGCAAUACGAGGGAAACCUGGAAGCGUGGCUAAGUGCAGCUCUGAGCAACCAAGAUACUUGCAUUGAAGGGUUUGAAGGUACGGACAGGCGCCUCGAGAGUUACAUAAGCGGAAGCUUAACGCAAGUUACGCAGCUUAUAAGCAAUGUGUUAUCCCUCUACACUCAACUCCAUAAAUUACCAUUCAGCCCUCCCAGAAAGACUAAUACUCUUAAUGUCACGACGGUUGUUGAUGAGUUUCCCGACUGGAUGAGCGACGGUGACGAGCAGCUGCUUAAGGGGAAGUCGCCCCCGCAUGGUCGUGCGGAUGCUGUGGUGGCGUUGGAUGGGAGUGGGCAUUUCCGGAGCAUCAUGGAGGCCGUUAAUGCGGCUCCGAGUCAUAGUAACACGAGGUAUGUCAUAUACGUGAAGCAGGGGUUGUACAGGGAGAACGUUGAUAUGAAGAAAAAGAUGACCAACAUUAUGCUCGUUGGUGAUGGUAUUGGCAGAACCAUUCUCACCAGCAACCGCAACUUCAUGCAAGGAUGGACUACUUUUAGAACUGCUACACUUGCUGUAUCCGGGAAGGGAUUCAUUGCAAGGGACAUGACAUUCCGCAACACAGCUGGACCAGUGAACCACCAAGCAGUGGCACUUCGUGUGGACUCUGACCAAUCAGCGUUCUACAGGUGUAGCAUCGAAGGAUUCCAAGACACACUUUACGCUCACUCACUGCGUCAAUUUUACCGAGAAUGUGAAAUUUACGGUACCAUUGACUUCAUCUUUGGCAACGGUGCAGCAGUGUUGCAAAACUGCAAGAUCUAUACGAGAGUCCCUCUCCCGUUACAAAAGGUUACCAUCACGGCCCAAGGAAGAAAAAGCCCACACCAAAGCACAGGCUUCACAAUCCAAGAUAGCUUUAUUCUAGCAACUCAGCCCACUUAUCUGGGCCGGCCCUGGAAGGAGUACUCAAGAACAGUUUACAUAAACACCUACAUGAGUGCGCACGUGCAGCCUCAAGGGUGGCUUGAGUGGUUUGGGAACUUUGCAUUGAACACAUUGUGGUACGGUGAGUAUAGGAAUUAUGGGCCUGGGUCAGCCCUUGGUGGAAGGGUCAAAUGGCCCGGGUAUCAUGUUAUUAAGAAUCCUGCUGCAGCUAGUUACUUUACGGUUCAGCGGUUCAUUAACGGUAACUCAUGGUUGCCAAGGACAGGUGUCAAGUUCACUUCAGGCUUGACCAAUUGACUCAUUUCUAAUUCCACCUCUAUACUGCUUAGCUAGCUAUUUUACUAUAAUAAUCUGGAUAUGUAUCAAUGGUAAUACUAAUAUGUUUACCAUUGUUAGGUUUUAAUUAGGUCAAUAAUUUUACCCUUUUUCUUUGACUGUUGUAGGAAGAA